AUGGCCUGCGUCGGUGCUGAAAACGCCUGCCUGGACGUCGAAUCCCUGUUCGCGAGCUGCUGGGAGCAGAAUGACUCUCUCGCUCGCUUCGUCUGCAGCAUGAUUGCAGCUCCACGCCUGGCCGUCUCCAGCUGGAUCAGUCCGUGCGAGCAAGCAGCAGUGGAGGUGCUGUCGGUUCCCGUUCUUCCUGUUGUCGCUCCUCUGAAAGAGGCUGCCUCAACAGAUGCAGAACUGGAAGCCGUGACUGUAGAUGCUUCAAUCGUGAUUGCUGCCGUUUUGACUGACGCUGAGGAAGCUGAGGAGGCUGAGAAAGCAGAGGGACCGAAGGAGCUGAAGAAGAAAGCCACUUCGUUCCUGGAGCUGCUUGCUCAAGAAGACUCAAUUGCCUCACGUACCUCCUCAGUUGACUCAGUUGCUGCUUCCUCUGCCAAGGUUGCGGCCUGGUUGGGUGUGAAUACUGGAUCAGUGCAUGAUGGGAAGAUGGGAGCAGAGGCAAAGCAGGGUGGGAAGCUGGGAGCAGAGGCGAGCAGCGGAUGGUGCAGCUUAAGUCGCAGUGAGAGCAGCUGCAGCAGCCGCAGUGCGUGUCUCAUCCACCUCUCCUCGGACUCCUCCUGCUCCUCCUCCUCCGCUGAUAGCCUCUGCAGCAGCCCCACUCGCUUGACGGCGGAGGUAGCUGGUGUGAAGAGGGGGAUUGACCGAGGCGUUUCCAGGAUUGGGAAGGGACACCCUCAGUCCACUGCUGAUUACUUCAGUUCGAAGGCUAGGAGGAGGAUCACUGGCUCCAGCAGCCGGGUCGCUCUCCGGAGAAUCAGUGGUGCACUGAGACAGUUCUAG